AUGCCUCCAUGUGUUCCAAUGUUCACAACACAGCGGGAAACAGCUCACUCAGUGCAAGCGAACAACAAAAUUGGUGUAAAAACUGGGAACACUGCGAACAGCCGACAUUUACUACACUGUACGGCUCCACUGGACAAUAUCGUACAGCAAGUUUACCUAAUUCACAAUACUAACGCACAAAUUCCGACAAAACCCGCAGUUGCUGCGCCGUACCGACCCAUGAUUCGUUUCUUGCCACACAGCGCACUGGCUGUACACCAUCCACAAAUUGGCGGUGCACACACAAUCCGGAAUUAUCCAUUUUGUCAACGUAACUAA